AUGGACUGGGACUAUAGCUUCGAUAAGCGUUUAGAAAAAGAUGAUACGGAGUAUAGAGAAAUUCUUCAAAGACUAGAACGUCUUGCAGGAGAACUGAAAGAAGAGCGACUAUCAAAGUGUUUUGAAAAAGCCUUUGAAAUCAAGGAAGAGGCCCGAUUAGAAGAUAACACUCCGAUCGAGCUAAAAGCGAAGAUAUCGCCAGAGAUACUCAAAAUCACCGAAAUCAAUAUUGAAAAUGUUAUCGAGAAGCAGAAUAAAAAACGAGAGGAAAAACGGCGAAAGAAGCCACGAAGUAAAACAGAAGAGUGCUUCUUUUCUUAUGAGUAA